AUGCCAUCCGCGGGUAUGUCCAACACGCGGCCCUGGAAUUCCCAGGAGAUACCCACGAUACGCGUCGAGGCCAUGGUGCAACAUGAUCACGACCACCCGCGGGAAAACGGCCUCACACCAGUAUUAGAGGAACCCGAGACCACUAGAGGGGGCAGGCUUCGACGAAUGAAUAUUGGUUUCGGAAGACGCCGCGAUAUUCAGAUUCCGACGUCAGAGAGUCGAAUACUGAUUAAGCCUUCUGAUUGUGGUGAUAGACUGGGCUAUAAAUGGAGUGAAAGGUUGAAGUGGGCUCGACUCUGGAUAAUAUUCCUAACCCAGGUAUCGAUGAACCUGAACACAACGCUCUACUCCAACGCUAUUAGCGGCAUUUCAGAGCACUACGGCGUCACCCCGUUCGACGUGCGCUGGGGCGGUGCCGCUUCGUUCCUUAUCGCUUACGCAUUCGGCUGUGAGCUCUGGGCGCCAUGGUCCGAGGAGUUCGGACGCAAGCCCGUUCUACAGAUCUCCUUGGGCUUGGUGAAUAUAUGGGGAAUCCUGGUCUGGUUCGCACCUAACUGGCCAGCACAUGUUGUCGGUCGUACCCUAGGCGGACUGUCUAGCGCCGGAGGCAGCGUGACGCUCGCGGUCAUUUCGGACAUAUUCGAGCCUGAGGAUCCUAUGAUCCAACAUGCAACUUCAUUCAUAGUGUUAUCCUCGGUUGGCGGUUCUAUAAUCGGACCUAUCAUAGGUGGCUUCAUUGAGGAACAUCUAGAUUGGAGAUGGUGUUUAGGUAUUCAGGUUCUCUUCGGCGUCUUUGUGCAAUUACUACACCACUUCUUCAUGCCAGAGACAAGAGUCACUGUUAUCAUGAACAAGGUAGCGAAGGAAGAGCGGAAGUCCGGUAGAAAUCCCAACUUAUACGGCCCAGGCGAGAUCGCCGGCAAGAAGCACAUCAACGUGCGCGAGUACGGGUCAAUCUGGUUACGACCGUUUAGGAUGUUCCUCUCCGAGCCGAUAGUGCUCGUAUUUUCCCUACUAUCCGGAUUUUCCGAUGCGAUAAUUUUCAUGAUGGUCCAGAGUCUCAAUUUCGUAUACUGGCAAUACGGCUUCAAAGCCCACGAGAUCGGUCUGGCUUUCAUACCCUUCGGCCUCGGGUAUCUGGCCGCAUACUCUGCCUAUUUCUUCAUUAUUAAACACAACGUAAAGAUGCGCAAGAAGAAACCCGGAUGUGAGUACGCGCAAUACGAAUCCCGACUCGUUAGUCUGCUGUAUGCCGCUCCGCUGCUGCCCAUCGGUCUCAUACUGUUCGCUUUCACGUCUGCCUACCUCUCAAGACCCAUCCACUGGUUCCCGAGUAUGAUAGGCUCAUUUUUUAUCGGGAUAGCCAACUUUUGUAUUUAUAUGGGUACCAUCGAUUAUGUUCUCAGGGCUUACGGUCCGUAUGCUGCCUCUGCGACGGGCGGUAAUGGCUGGGCGCGAGAUUUCCUCGCUGGUGUGCUCACGCCUUAUGCAAUUCCAAUGCUCUCUGUAUUCGUCGCAACGAUAAUCCUCUUCUCUAUUGCCGUAAUCCUUUGCGCAUCUGUCUUCAUCGUCUUUAAAUACGGGCCUUGGCUACGCGAACACUCCAAAUUCGCACAAACCCUCGCACACGCACAAGCGGACCAAGGAGCUCUCGGUUCACCCAUCGACCCAACCGACGACGCCGAAUCGCACGCUCACAACGCAGACGGCGAGCUCAACCGUAUGGUCAACUUUCUCCCGUCGUCCAGCCUACCAGGAAGUCAAUCAAACCUGCACCUCCCUCUUCCCUCCACAACCCCCGCCGGUACCCCGCGCUGCAGCGUACAGCUAUCGCGCCCGCCCGCCGCACGCAUGCAUUCGUAUCACAGCCACCUGAGCCGGCUCAGCGCGGAGAUCACGCCGAUAGCAGAGGACCGACCGACGACGAGCUCGAGUCGCACGUGCACCUGUAGUACCGAACGCACGUUGACGGGGACGUGUAGUCGGUGCAAGACAAGUGAUGGGAGCGGGACUGGUGGGGAUAACUCGACCCCGACUUCGUUACGAGAGAUCGAGAACGCGAAUGCGGAUGCUAUUGUGUUGGUGAUGGAGGAGGAUGAGGGCGAGGUUGUGAUUAUUUCGUCGAAUCCGCCACGGAAUAGCGGGGGCAAUGGCGGGGUGGAUCAAUUUAAUGAGAAGAAACGCCGUGGACAUCGGUGUAGUGUGAUGUAGAUCAUGCUAGGAGCUAAUAGUUGGGGAGGUUUGG